CCCCCCGCCCCCGCACCGCCGCCGCCAGCAGGUGCCCGGCUCGCCGUGGUCCGGCAGCCCCGUGGGCAUGACGGGCAGCCCCCAGCAGCCGCCGCCGCCGCCCGACGUGAAGGGCGGCGGCGGGCGCGACGACCUGCACUCGGGCGCGGCGCUGCACCACCGGGCGCCCCACCUGGGCCCUCCGCACCAGGGGCACCCGGCGGCCUGGGGCGCGGCGGCGGCGGCCGCCCACCUGCCCUCCAUGGCCGGCGGGCAGCAGCAGCAGCAGUCGCUCCUCUACUCGCAGCCCGGGGGCUUCACGGUGAACGGCAUGCUGAGCCCCCCCCCCGGCGGGCAGAGCCUGGUGCACCCCGGGCUGGUGCGCGGCGAGACGCCGGAGCUGGGCGAGCACCCCGGGCACCACCACCACCACCACCACCAGCACCCCGGGCACCACCCGGCGCACCACGGCGGCGUCAACAGCCACGACCCGCACUCGGACGAGGACACGCCGACCUCCGACGACCUGGAGCAGUUCGCCAAGCAGUUCAAGCAGCGGCGGAUAAAGCUGGGCUUCACGCAGGCCGACGUGGGGCUGGCGCUGGGCACCCUCUACGGCAACGUCUUCUCGCAGACCACCAUCUGCCGCUUCGAGGCCCUGCAGCUCAGCUUCAAGAACAUGUGCAAGCUGAAGCCUUUGUUGAACAAGUGGCUGGAGGAAGCCGACUCCUCCACGGGCAGCCCCACCAGCAUCGACAAGAUCGCAGCGCAGGGCAGGAAGAGGAAGAAGCGGACCUCCAUCGAGGUGAGUGUCAAGGGGGCCUUGGAGAGCCACUUUCUGAAAUGCCCCAAGCCCUCCGCCCAGGAGAUUACGAACCUAGCGGACAGCCUGCAGCUGGAGAAGGAGGUGGUCAGGGUUUGGUUUUGCAAUCGGAGGCAGAAAGAGAAACGGAUGACCCCCCCGGGGAUCCAGCAGCAGACCCCCGACGAUGUCUACUCGCAGGUCGGCACCGUCAACUCCGACACGCCGCCCCCUCACCACGGACUGCAGACGAGCGUGCAGUGAGGGGCACCGACAGGGCCGGGGAGGGGGACUGGGGAGGGAGCUCGGGGCACCGCGGGCCGGGCCGGGCCGGGCACCGCCGCACCGGCCCCGGCCCCAGCACCGGCACCGGCCCCGGCAGCGGUACCGGCAGCGGCAGCGCCGCGCACACCCGCUCGCUCACACACACACACACACACACACACACUCACACCCGCACGCACGCACUCACACACACGUACACACACACACACACGGUCCAGGCUCGUUCAGACUGCUUGUGUUUAUAUAUAUAUGGAUAGAGGCGUGCAUCUAUAUAUAUAUACAUAUAUAUAUAAGAGCGAGACCAAGAGGGAGCGGUGGAGGAAGGAUCCGAGCGAGAGCGUUUAGACUGUGCUGGGUAAAACGGGGCGGAGAUGCGGUAAUGCACCAAAACUGCAGAUGUGUCGGGGGGUUGCUUGUGGGAACAGGGGUUGGCCGGGUGGGUUUUCGUUUGGUUUCUUUAGGGUUUUGCUUUUUUACUCCCCCAGUUACCCCUCUCUCGCAGCGAGGAACGCCACUGAUGUCUGCACCCCUUCUCUCCCUCCUCCCCCCCGCACUCUCCCCCCUAUCCCCAAAAGGGCUCUCUUCUCUGAAUCACAGAAACUUUUUUU